UUGAUCAUAGACCUGAUUCCUGAUCUCCGCUCGUGAUCAUCUUAAGGAUUUUGGGGACCAAAUUGGACACGUUUUCCCAUUAUAAUUACGGAAUGUGCCAUCUUUUCUCUCGCUUCCCCACUGUUUCUUUUCUCCCAAUUAAUACUGAGACUGGAAACCCUUUCAACGCUUCCUCUGCCCUCCCCCGUUUGUUUCCCGAGAAAAACUUGUCAUCUUUUCCCGGAAAGUCGAGUAAUUUUUCCUUUUCUUGCUUUUCUGGAAGACUUCGAUGGACGAAGACGAAGCGUUGCCGGACCAUCUGCGGUGUAACCGGACGGACGGACGGCAAUGGCGGUGCAAGCGGAGAGUCAUGGACAACCUGAAGCUCUGCGAGAUUCACUACCUCCAAGGACGGCACCGUCAGUACAAGGAGAAAGUCCCGGAGUCGCUGAAACUUCAAAGGAAGACGACGGCGAAGAAGAAGGAGGUGAAGGGAGGGGAUCAGAAUCGCCGCAGCGUCAAAAUUAGGGCAAAGAAAGUGGAAAUUCUGGCGAAGCUGAUGAAGAGGAAGCGAUCGGGCGAGACGUUGAGGAAGAUGAAGAGGAUGAAGAGGGGAAAUGCGGAGUUGGAGCUUAUAAGGAUGGUGCUUAAGCGCGAGGUGGAGAAGAGCACGGAGAAGAGAAGAAAGGACAAGGAGGAGGUUGUUGUCGAAGACGAAAGCGAGGAGGAACUCACCAGAGACCUUCCCAAUGGCCUAAUGGCGAUCUCUUCGUCUCCGUCGCCUUCGCCGCGGCGGGGCUCCGGCAAUGUAGGUUCCGAUUCGCCUUGCCGUGUCAAGACUGGGGCCGAUUUCCAGGCGGUUCCGCAGCGGCGAUUCCGGUCGAAGAACAGUGAGACAAUUCCUAUUGGUAAAUUGCAGCUUUUUCCCUGUGCGCGAAGUGGCGCAAAGUUGAGUAAGGAGAAGAGGAAAAAAUGCCAUUGGUGUUGCAGAAGUGGUUCGCGGAUUCUAAUUAAGUGUUUGAGUUGCCAAAAACACUUCUUUUGUUUGGAUUGCAUCAAAGAAAGGUAUUUUGAUACACAAGAAGAAGUGAAGGAGGCCUGUCCAGUUUGUCGCAGAACGUGUACUUGUAAGGACUGCUUGGAAAAUCCAUCUAAGGACACUGAAAGUAAGGAUUUUUUCGGGGAGAAACAUAAAGGUGAAGUAAUAUUAUUUGUCCAUUAUUUGAUCUGCAUGCUUCUUCCCUUGUUGAAACAAAUUAACCGAGACCAGAAUGAUGAACUAGAAAUCGAGGCUAGAACAAAAGGACAAAAGUCCUCUACUCUUCAUAUAAAGCAGGCUGAAACAGGGUGCAACGAGAGACAAUGCUGCAAUAGAUGCAAAGCUUCUAUAUUGGAUCUCCACAGAACCUGCCCAAAUUGUUCCUAUAAUCUUUGUUUAAGUUGUUGUCGGGAUUUGCAUCACGGGGGCUUUUACGGAGGUACUGAUAUGCCUAUCUCAAUGUACUCUAACAAAAAGAAAACUCGUAUGUCUCGUAAUACACGGCAGAUAGAGAAGAAGCCGAUAAGAACCAGGAAAAACUCCAGUAAGGAUCUGGCUUUGUCUGUUUCACUGCCACACUGGAAAGCUCAAAAUGAUAAUGCACAAAUAUCUUGUCCGCCCAGGGACUUUGGUGGUUGUGGCGAGAGCCUCCUUGAACUGAGAUGUCUGUUCCCUUUAAGUUUUACCAGAGAGCUGGAAGUAAGUGCCGAAGAGUUAGUCUGUAGCUAUGACUUUCCGGAUACUUCAGACAUACAGUCAUGCUGCUCUAUAUGUCUUGGCACAAACCAGAAAGCUAAAGGAAUAAAGCAGUUGCAAGAAGCAGCUGUAAGAGAAGGCUCGAGCGAUAACUUUUUGUAUUAUCCCACACUUCUGGAAAUUCAUGGUGAUAACUUUGAACACUUUCAGAAACACUGGCUGAAAGGUCAUCCUGUUAUAGUACGCAAUGUGCUUCAGGCUACUUCUCAUUUGAGUUGGGAUCCAGUAUUAAUGUUCUGCGCUUAUCUUGAGAGAAGCAUUUCCAGAUAUGAAGAUAACAGGGAUACAUGUGAAGUUACUAAUCGCUUGGAUUGGUGCGAGGUAGAAAUUGGUAUCAGGCAGUACUUUAUGGGUUCUUUCAAGGGAGAAACCCAUAAAAAUACAUGGAGCGAGUCUCUGAAAUUAAAGGGCUGGCUUUCUUCCCAGUUAUUUCAACAACAGUUUCCAGCUCAUUUCGCUGAAAUAAUCCAUACCUUACCACUUCAAGAAUACAUGAAUCCAGCAUCUGGUCUUCUAAAUCUUGCCGCAAGGUUGCCACAGGAAAUCCCAAAGCCUGACUUGGGUCCAUGUCUUUACAUUUCGUAUGGCUAUGCUGAGCAACUUGUGCAGGCUGAUUCUGUCAUAAAACUUUGUUAUGAUUCAUGUGACAUGGUUAAUAUUUUGGCACAUACUUCAGAUGUCCCUAUCUCUGCAGAACAAGUUUCUAAAGUAAGAAAGCUACUCAAGAAGCACAAGGCUCAAACUAAAAGGUUGUCGUCCAAGGUUACUUCUGAUCAAAACUUAGUGAAUAAAGACAACACAAGAUCAUCAUUGAAUGGUGAGAAAAUUAAAGACAUGGAACUGCGGGAUAUAAUUGGAGAAGAAAUGCAUUUACGCAAGAGAAUAGCUAGAGUAUCUUGUUCCUCUGCUGCCACCAAUGGAUCAUGUGAUAGAAAUCUCAAGGAGAGUAGUAUGUCACGUGAUGUGGAAUCCGUUUCUGAUUCUGAUUUUGAUACCGAUUGUGGGACCAUAAAUGAGUUUGAAACACCAGAAGAUAAGAAGAGUUUUGGGGCUCAAAUUGAAAGCUCCAAUCGUGAUUGUAAAAAGCCCUUAGCCACGUCUUCUCGUGCCCACUGGGACGUCUUUCGCAAACAAGAUGUUCCUAAGCUUAAAGAAUAUCUCAGAAGGCAUUCUCAUGAGUUUGCUUGUUUACGUGACUUUCAGAAGCAUGUUGUUCAUCCAAUAUUUGAUCAGAGUUUCUUUCUUGAUACCACUCACAAAAUGAGGCUUAAGGAGGAGUUUGAGAUUGAACCUUGGUCUUUUGAGCAGCGUGUUGGAGAAGCUGUAAUAAUUCCUGCGGGAUGUCCCUACCAGAUUAGGAGUCCUAAGUCCUGUGUUCAUGUGGUGUUGGACUUUAUGUCUCCUGAGAACGUUAACGAGUGUGUCCAGUUGACGGAUGAAAUCCGUCUUCUCCCCGAUGACCAUAAAGCAAAAGUAGACAAAUUAGAGGUGAGGAAAAUGGCUCUUCAUAGUAUUAGUACUGCUAUCAAAGAAAUUCGCGAGCUUACAUGUGCAACAUAAGUUCGCAACCGAGUUUAGGUUCCAAGAUAUGUGUGCUGACAUGAGAUUUCUCCUUGGGCAUACCAAGAUUUAGCACGUUACUUUUGAGGACAAAGAUGUGAAAAUAGUACUGCCUCAUUGCAGAUUCGUGUAUGCUGUAUAGAUUGGUUUUUUUGGUGCCCAAAACAAUUUUUGUCCGUUCACUCAUAAAAGGAUGUUGACAUUUCUUGAGAUUGUGACGCAUCAGAAGUAGAGAGCCACGCACAGCUA